AUGGAGGCUAAAAUUGGUGGGAAGUCUCGUCAUUUCUAUGGUCCGGUGGUGUCGGAUUUAAAGGCAGUUGGGAAAAGGAGUUUAGAAUGGGAUUUAAAUGACUGGAAAUGGGACGGCGAUCUUUUUACAGCUAGUCCAUUGAAUUCUGUACCAUCAGAUUGCCGGAGUAGGCAGUUGUUCCCUACUGGACCUGAACUUCCUGAGAAUGUGGGUAUAUCAAACAGCUCAUGUUCUUGUUCAGAUGACAAUGACAACCAAGGGAAUGAGAAAGGAAAGAGAGAAUUGGAGAAGAGGAGAAGGGUUGUUUUUGUUGAAGAUGAAGACUUGAAUGAUGAGGCUCGAUCCCUUAAUUUGAAGCUAGGUGAACAAGUCUACCCUAUCAUGGAUGAAGAUGCUAAGAGUGGAAAGAAGACAAAGGUUACUAUGACUGCUUCAAAUCGUGCAGUUUGUCAGGUGGAGGAUUGUAAGGCUGAUCUGAGCAAUGCCAAGGAUUAUCACCGACGACAUAAGGUUUGCAAUGUGCAUUCUAAGGCCUGUAAGGCAUUGGUGGGGAAUGUUAUGCAGAGGUUUUGCCAGCAAUGUAGCAGGUUUCAUGUUCUUCAAGAGUUUGAUGAAGGGAAAAGAAGCUGCCGCAGGCGUUUGGCUGGCCAUAACAAGCGGAGGAGGAAGACACAUCCUGAAAAUGUAGUCAACGAAGGUUCCUUGAAUGAUGAAAAGGGUAGCAGCUAUCUGCUGAUAAGUUUACUGAGGAUUCUCUCAAAUUUGCACUCAAAUAGCUCUGAUCAAACAAAGGAUCAGGAUUUGCUUUCUCAUCUAUUGAGGAGCCUCUCCAAUCUAGCUGGUACAACUAAUGGAAGGAGCCUAUCUGGAUUACUGCAAGGAUCUCCAGGUUUGGCCAAUGCCGGAGCAACAGUUGGGAAUCUUAAAAAAGUGCAAGAUGCGCUUACAAAUGGUCCUGAAUCUGCCAGGCCUUCUAGUUCAGCUUCUAAGAAAGAUGAUUGCAUUAACUCUCAGAAUCCUCUAAGGCCUUUGGGUCAAUGUGGGACCCCGCCAGUUUCUGAUUUGGUACAGAAAAGAAUAUUGGAUAAUGAUGUUCAGGGUGGAAAACUUCAAGCUCGUUCAGGUUCACAGUCUAUAUCAUUGUUCCCAUCAGGAAACAACCUUCCAGCCAAAACAAAUGAACGAGAGGCUACUGUUGGCAGAAUCAAGUUGAAUAACUUUGACUUGAAUAAUGCUUAUGAUGAUUCCCAAGAUUAUGUAGAGAACCUAGAGAGGUCUCAUGCCCCUGUAAACACAGGUACGGGCCCUUUCAAUUGCCCUUUAUGGGUACAGUCAGACUCACACAAGACAAGCCCUCCGCAUAUGAGUGGGAACUCUGAUUCAACUUCUAGCCAGUCGCCAUCUAGUUCUAGUGGAGAGGCUCAGAAUCGUACAGACAGAAUCGUUUUUAAACUCUUUGGAAAAGACCCGAAUGAUUUCCCAGUUGCUCUGCGAACACAGAUCCUUGAUUGGCUAUCCCACAGUCCCACCGACAUUGAGAGCUAUAUAAGGCCAGGAUGUAUUGUAUUAACGAUAUAUCUGUGCCUCAAAAAAUCAAAAUGGGAGGAGGUUUGUCUUGAUCUGGGAGCAAGUUUGAGUAGGCUUCUUGGUACAUCUAGUGACUCUUUUUGGCAAACAGGAUGGGUGUAUGUUAGGGUGCAGAAUUGUGCAACCUUUAUUUAUAAUGGUAGAGUUGUUUUAGACACACCUUUACCUAUAAAGAACCAUAAGAAAUGCAGGAUCUCAAGCAUUACACCAAUUGCUGUCUCUUUGUCUGAGAGAACUCAAUUUGUAGUCAGAGGCUUUAACUUUGUUGGACCCAUGACAAGGCUACUUUGUGCUGUUGAAGGAAAAUAUCUGGUCCAGGAAACUUGUUAUGACUUAGUGGAUGUUGCCGAUACGAUGAAAGAGCAUGACAAACCCCAGUGCUUGAACUUUCAGUGCUCUGUACCAAAUUUUGUUGGAAGAGGCUUUAUUGAGGUUGAAGACCAUGGUCUCAGUAGCAGCUUUUUCCCAUUCAUUGUUGCAGAGCCAGAAGUAUGUUCAGAGAUCCGAAUGCUGGAGGAUGCAAUUCAUGUGGCCGAAACUGGUACUGACGUGCAUACAAUAGCUGAAAGAAUGGACAUCAAGAAUCAAGCGUUAGACUUCAUACAUGAAAUGGGUUGGCUUCUACAUAGAAGUCACUUGAAGUUUAGACUGGGGCAGUUGGAUCCCAACUUGGAUCUCUUCCCUUUCAAACGCUUUGAAUGGCUUGUACAAUUCUCCAUGGACCAUGACUGGUGUGCCGUGGUAAGAAAACUCUUGGCCAUUGUGCUUGAUGGAACAGUAGAUGCUGGAGAGCAUUCCUCAACUGAGCUCGCACUGUUAGAUAUGGGUCUUCUCCACAAAGCUGUGCGAAGAAAUUGCAGGCCCAUGGUGGAACUGCUAUUAAGAUACAUCCCAGAUAAACAAUUGGGUGGACCGGGCAAUCAGCAGAGUCAACUGGUUGAUGGGCGCAAUAGCAGAUUCAUGUUUAAGCCUGAUGCUGUUGGGCCAGCUGGAUUGACUCCUCUUCAUGUGGCAGCUUGUAGGGAUGGUGCUGAGAAUGUGUUAGAUGCCUUGACUGAUGAUCCUGGAUUGGUGGGCAUCGAUGCAUGGAAGAAAUCUCAUGACAGCACUGGUUUGACACCUUAUGAUUAUGCAUGCCUUCGAGGUCAUUACUCUUACAUUCAUCUCAUCCAGAGGAAAAUUAAUAAACAAUCGGAAAGUGGGCACGCAGUGCUUGACAUCCCUAGUUCCCUUGUGAAUUGCAAUCCCAAGCAAAAAGAAGGGCAUAAAUUACCAAAACUUACCAGCUUGCACACCGAGAAGAUUGAAAAGAGAGCAAUGCAGCAGCACUGCAAGGUAUGCAAGCAGAAGCCGGUUUAUGGUGCAGCUAGAACAUCCCUUGUCUACCGGCCAGCAAUGCUCUCAAUGGUGGCCAUUGCAGCCGUCUGUGUGUGUGUAGCGUUGCUCUUCAAGAGCUCUCCUGAAGUUCUUUACGUGUUCCAGCCUUUCAGAUGGGAAUUACUGAAGUAUGGAUCAAGCUAA